AUUUAGAAAUUACUUGUUUACAUUUGUAUUGGAUGCAUGCUUGCUUGCAUUGUAUAUUGUUGUACGUAUAUGUUGAAUAUGUUUGGUUUGGUUUGGUUUGGGGGUUACUUUUUGCAGAACUAAAAAUGGAGCAGAGACUGGCUAAUACCUUGAGGAUUACUGUUAAUGAGAAGAAAUUCAUCGAGACUGCUUUACUAUCGGACCUUAGAGUUGAUGGUCGCCGUCCAUUUGAUUAUAGACGGCUUAUUAUCAAGUUUGGUAGGGAAGAUGGUUCAUCAGAGGUGCAGCUUGGUCAGACUCAUGUUAUGGGUUUUGUAACUUCCCAACUAGUUCAACCUUAUCGAGAUAGGCCAAAUGAAGGGUCCCUUUCAAUAUUCACCGAGUUCUCUCCAAUGGCUGAUCCUUCCUUUGAAGCAGGUCGUCCUGGAGAAGCUGCUGUGGAGUUGGGACGUAUAAUAGACCGUGGUUUGAGGGAAAGUCGAGCUGUAGACAUGGAAUCACUUUGUGUUAUUGCUGGGAAGCUAGUGUGGGCCAUUCGCCUUGAUCUUCACAUUCUAGACAAUGGGGGAAAUCUUGUUGAUGCUGCCAAUAUUGCUGCUUUGGCUGCUCUCAUGACAUUCCGGCGGCCUGAGUGUACAUUAGGUGGAGAAGAUGGUCAGGAAGUGAUAAUUCAUCAACCUGAGGUGAGGGAGCCACUUCCUUUGAUAAUACAUCAUCUCCCCAUAGCAGUAACCUUUGGGUUUUUCGGUAAUGAUAACAUUGUGGUAAUAGACCCAACCCAUAAUGAAGAGGCUGUUAUGAAUGGAAGAAUGAUUGCUACACUUAAUACAAAUGGGGAUGUUUGUGCGAUUCAAAAAGCUGGAGGAGCGGGUGUCAUGCAGAGUGUCAUUAUGCAGUGUUUAAGAAUUGCUUCUGUGAAGGCUGCUGAUGUCACAAGCAAGAUUAAGAAUGCUGUUGAAUCGUACAACACCGAAAGGGCAUUGCGGAAGAUUAAACGUCAUUCAUCUUCUGCUGCUUUGGAUGUUAAUGAACCUGGUGCUAAGUUGGUGACCAAGAACCAAUCUGUAGAUCAGAAAGGAGUUGGUGAUUUGUCAGGGCGUCAUGUAGAAAGAUUAAAGUUGAUAACAGAGGAAUGUGGUGUUAGUCAGAGUAAUAACAUGGAAGGUGAAAUCCAAUCAUCUGAGCAAGACAGAAUCAACGUGAAAGAUGGCCAUUCAAAGAGUUUCAUUGGUGGGCCCUCAAGUUGGGAUCCAUACUCGAAGGGAAUUGAUCCUGAUGCAUUGAAAACUUCUCUAGCCGCACGUGGAGCGUCAACAUCCAAUAAGAAGCUAGAAGAAUCAAGACAUGAGAAGCCAUCUGAAACAGAACCAGACCAACUUGUUGAGGAUGUUAAACCGGCUCCUUCUCCAGAUGGGGAAGUGGGAACUGGAGGACAAACAAAUGGAAAGAAGACUUUAAUAGAUGCAGUGAAGCCCAAGCACAAGAGAAAAAAGAAGUCAUCCUCCAAGGUUGAUGCAAGUUAGCUGAAUGCAAAAAUAUAUCCAGGUCAUCGUGAUACCGGGGUAUGGCUUGAUUGGACUUUGAUUUGAUCCAGUGAAAGGCAUAUGGAGUUGGGAAUGCUUCUAAAGUUGCAGCAUUGAGUGUUUAUUGUAGGAGUAAUCCAAAAGUGAAACAGGAGAGGAAAUGGUGUUAAUAUUCCUUCUGCACCCAAGGUUUUGUUUCGACUAAACUUUUACUCGAGGAUUGAUUUAUUUUUAUUUUCCUCACUCUCUCACUCUCUCUAGAAGACACAAUGGAUCGGUCAGUCAAUCAAAUCAUGCUUCUAUUUAUAGACAUAGCCCUAAAUUACAAUUUUUGUGGAGCCCAACUUACUCUUUCAGAUAGGUUUACUGUAAAAUAUGAUUGUUUUUAGUGUACGUCAAACUACUGAGAAAUGGUUUGACUUGGGUACUAUAAGUGAAACUAAUAGGAGAAGUUAUUGCUUGGUUAGAGACAUUCAUGGGCUUGCAAGUUAAUUUCGUUGUUA